AUGCCUUCCGAGCUUUGCCCCCCCUUCUUCGGAGCCAUGGGCUGCACCGUUGCCAUCGUCUUCACCUGCCUGGGUGCCUCUUACGGUACCGCAAAGUCCGGUGUCGGUAUCUCGGCUAUGGGUGUCCUCCGCCCUGACCUGAUCGUCAAGAACAUUGUUCCCGUCAUUAUGGCUGGUAUCAUUGCUAUUUACGGUCUCGUCGUUUCCGUGCUUAUCUCCGACGGGCUUCAGCAGCAGAUGGCUCUGUACACUGGAUUCAUUCAGUUCGGUGCUGGUCUCUCUGUCGGUCUUGCUGGUCUUGCUGCUGGUUUCGCCAUUGGUAUCGUCGGUGAUGCUGGUGUCCGUGGAACUGCUCAACAGCCCCGUCUCUUCGUCGGCAUGAUUCUGAUUCUCAUUUUCGCCGAAGUUUUGGGUCUUUACGGCUUGAUUGUCGCCCUUCUCAUGAACUCCAAGGCCACCCAGGACGUCACCUGCUAA